GCUUAUUUCUUGACGCAUAUCGUCUUACAAUGGGAGACAAACAUCAGCCAUACCUUAACGGCGCAUACUACGGCCCAUCGGUUCCUCCGCCGCUUAAGCCCAAUCGCCGAUACAAACCACCCGGAUGCUGCUGCUGCUUCAACUGCAUCGGAAGCUGUCUACGUUGCUGCGGUUGCUGUAUCCUAAGCCUAAUCUGCAACAUCCUCGUAGCCGUAGCCGUUAUCCUCGCCGUAACGGCAUUACUUAUCUGUCUCACCUUCCGUCCCAACGCCGUCAAAUUCUACGUAACCGACGCUAGUCUAAACCGGUUCAGCUUGGAUUCAAACAACAACAGCAAGAUACACUAUGAUCUCGAUCUCAACUUCGCGGUCCGUAACCCUAACCAACGGCUCGGAGUCUACUACGAUGCGAUCCAGGUCAGUGGUUAUUACGGAGAACAGCGGUUCGGUUAUGUAGACGUUUCGCCGUUCUAUCAGGGACAUAAAAACACGACGGUUGUUGUGACAAGGGUCCAGGGACAGAACUUGGUGGUGCUCGGGGAUGGAGCGAGAGUGGAUCUGAAGGAGGACGAUAAAGCUGGAGUUUAUAGUAUUGAUGUGAAGCUGGUGAUGAGUGUUAGGUUUAGGUUUUGGGUGGUAAAGUCAUGGAAAUUCAAACCGAAGAUUAAAUGUAAUGAUCUUAAGGUUCCUCUCGUAUCCUCUAGUUCAACUAGCGGGUUUAGGUUUAAAACUAUGGAGUGUGACUUUGACUUUUAUUAG